GACAAAUGUCAACCAACAAUCAAAAUACACCUAUUUAUUGUUUAAAGUUAUUUUCCCGCGCAAGCGUUUAAAUGUUUAGAUUACAAGAAAAUACAUACCAGUUCGACAUAUUUACAAAUAAUACUUUUUAAAUAUAGUUACAUUAUGGCUUGGAAUAAAAUAAAUUGUUGUCAGCGAGAAUUGCAAUUGCUUGGUACACUUAACGGAGGUCAAAGUUUUAGGUGGAAUUAUAAUAAAGACACAAAUGAAUGGAAAGGCGUUUUUUCAAGAACCUUAUGGAAGUUACGGCAACGAGACGAUUUUUUGGAAUAUCAAGUUUUAGGAUCUCUACUCAUUAAAUCAAAAGAAAAUAAUUCUGUUAAAGUAGAUUUUGCGGAUAUGCUUACAAAAUAUUUUAGGUUAGAUUUCAACUUAAAAGACCACUACAAAGUAUGGUCAGAUAAAGAUGAACUUUUUAAAUCUGCCUGUACAAAGUUCUAUGGAAUAAGAAUGCUAAAUCAGGAGCCUGUAGAAAAUCUUUUUUCGUUUAUCUGCAGCCAGAACAAUCAUAUUUCCAGGAUAUCCAGCCUGGUUGAAAAACUCUGCAUCUAUUAUGGUGAUGAAAUUUGUCAGUUUGAAGGAGUGACAUAUUAUGCUUUUCCUGAUGUAGAAAAGCUUAUGGACAUAAAAGUGGAAUCUAAAUUAAGAGAACUAGGUUUUGGUUAUAGAGCCAAAUUUAUUCAAAAAUCAGCGGCUCAGAUUGUAGAGUGGGGAGGAGACGAAUGGUUUAAAAGAUUAAAGGAUAUGAAAUACAAGGACGCCCGACAGGAACUUAUAAAAUUGUGUGGAAUCGGACCUAAAGUCGCUGACUGUAUAUGCCUGAUGUCAUUGAAUCAUCUAGAGGCACUUCCUGUUGACACGCACGUGUAUCAAAUAGCUGCCACAAACUAUCUCCCACACUUGAAAGGUAAAAAAAGUGUCACAGAAAAAAUUUAUACUGAAAUAGGCGACCACUUUAGAAGUUUGUAUGGAGAUAAAGCAGGAUGGGCACAUACUGUACUGUUCUGUGCUGAUUUAAAAAAAUUUCAACAAGAUGACUCGAAUGAGGAUGUCGUUAAAAGUAAAAGAAAAAAGAAAAAAUAAUGGCAUUAGUUUAAA